GAAGACAGUGAAAAAUGACAAAUAAAUGUUAGUUGAGACGCGGAUAACGUUAUAUUUGUAGAAAUUCAUAGGAAUAAUUAUUACAGCUAUUAAAAUAAAAGCUCAGACAUUGUCGAAUUGAAAAUAGAACAUUGUGUUCUGGGGUAGCACCCCCAAAUCAGUCUAGACAAAGCCUGGAUAUAUAAAGCAAGCAGUCCAAUUUAACUUUUGUUACACAACUUUCAAGUCAAUUUCAAAGUAGCUCCUGGUUGAGCCUUCUGUUUUACUAGUUUUAACGUUCGCUUUAUUAUUCACUAUGCACUCCAAACUUUUGCUCACUGCUCUCGCACUCUUUUCAACUGCUUAUGCUGGUGACUUCAGCGCUAGACGCCGUCACCACGUCGCAAAUCGCGAUGGACACGACCACCAUGGCCAUCAUGACCAAUGGAAUGGCAACAACAGUGGAAGCAGCUCUUCAUCUUCUCAAGCAACUUCUCAGACAGCUUCUGCUACAUCUACAACCUCUGCCACUGCCACAAGCUCAUCAACUGCUAGCCCAACAACUACAUCAACAGGCGAGAAAGGUGGACUUGCAUGGCCAAAUGGUGAUGCAAACGACAUAAACGCCUGGGUUAACGGUAAACUCGGAUGGUAUUACACCUGGAGUCCAUCACCUGUUAGUUCAGUAAAUGGCUUGGAGUUCUACCCACAAUUAUGGGGACAAAAGCAAGUUUCUGACUGGCAACAAGAGAAGAGCAAGUUCUCACAAUACAAUGUUAGCCAUAUUCUAGGUUUCAAUGAGCCUAACGAAUCUGGUCAAGCUAAUUUGAGUCCAUCCGACGGUGCUAGCUUAUGGAACCAAGAAAUUGCUGAGUUCAAAGGACAAUACACAUUGAUUUCACCUGCAUGUACAUCACGUACUGGUGAUUCAGGUUCUGGAACAGAUGGUAUCAAAUGGUUGCAAGAAUUCCAAAGCAACGGUGCAUCAUUUGACGCAGUCGCCGUUCACAUCUAUGAAUCUGAUUACAAUAAGGUUAUUGAAUACUUGCAAAAGGUUUAUGAUACUUUCCAACUCCCAGUUUACCUCACUGAAUACGCUUGUCAAGAUUACUCAGGUGGUAGCCAAUGUUCAGAGAGCCAAGUGUGGGAAAUGAUGCAACAAACAACAAGCUGGAUGGACCAACAAGAUUGGAUGCACGGAUAUGCUUGGUUUGGUGCUAUGACGGAGAUGCAGGGCGUCAACCAACUUAAUCAACUUUUAUCAUCAGAUGGUACUUCACCAACGAGCUUGGGUAGCUACUACCUUCAAUCAGCUUAGAUAAGAUUUGUAACUGGAUUUACAAUCUUCUUGUAUUGAUGAAUGUCUGGCUUGAUGUCACAAAUGAUG